AUGGCGCGCUCGACGACGACGCGACCCCGCGCCGACGCCGUCGCCGUGUCCAUCAUCGUCCCGACGUACGACGAGCGCAUGAACAUCGCGACGCUGUACCACCUCGCGCGCGAAGCCGAGGCCGCGUUCGACGACGACCGCGGGCGAUGGGAGAUCGUCGUCGUCGACGAUGGGUCGCCGGAUGGGACGGCGGACGUCGUGCGCGCGCUGCGAGACGCGCACGAGGACGCGUUUUUGGUGCUGUGCGAACGGGGGCGGAAAUUAGGGCUCGGGACGGCGUACGCGCACGGGCUGCGACGCGCGCGAGGACGCGAGGUGGUCGUCAUGGAUGCGGAUUUGAGCCAUCAUCCAAAGUACAUUUCCGAGAUGUUGACGAAGAGGCGAAGAGAAAAGUUGGACGUCGUGAGCGGGACGCGGUACGCGCUCGGGGGGGGGGUGUGCGGGUGGGAUUUAAGGCGAAAGUUGACGUCGAUGGUGGCGAAUUACAUCGCCAAGGCGGCGCUGAAUCCGGGCGCGAGCGACUUGACGGGGAGCUUUCGGUGCUAUCGACGAGACGCGUUCGAGGAUUUGGUCGCGCGGUCGACGUCGCGGGGGUACGCGUUUCAGAUGGAGAUCAUAUACAGGGCGAAGAAGGCGGGGUACACCGUGGGCGAGGUCCCGAUCGCGUUCGUCGAUCGCGUGUACGGCGAGAGCAAGCUCGGGGCGAGCGAAAUCGUCGACUACCUGCGCGGCUUGGCGCGGCUCUUCUUCACCGUCUAG